AUGGAUAUCUUGGAGAGAAUUUAUUACGGCCUUAAGCGGCAAGUGGUAACGAUACCGGCAACCAUAACAAAAUCGGUGGACACUAUCAAUAAGUCAAUGAAUCAAGUGAGAAUUCCACCGCUCACGAAAGAUAAUGUUUUAUUUUACUAUAUGCCAAUACAAGGUUUGGUCAGUUAUUCAACAUUAUCCAUUGGUGUGAUGAACCCCCACUUAAUGGUAAGAUUGUUUCCAAAACGUGACAUAACCGAUCUAUUAUUCCUGUCAGCGGGGAGUGGUGCAGGUCUAUGGUUAUGGGCCCGUCCACACAUUGCAGCAGCAGCACCAGCUCGACGAUUCUCAUGGGCUUUCUUGGGAGGUUGUCUUUGGCCUCUGGGAUCAAUAUUCUUAUGGGCAAUACUACGUAGUUCCAUAGGCCAGAGACCCGUUUUGGGAACAAUCCUUGGUAUCUCGACCGGUGUAAUGCUCACAAAUAUAGCAAUUGACUAUUUUAAUUAUGUAGAGCUCAUGUUCUGUGGAGAGGUUCGCUUACCAGAAGAUGUAUAUAGUCCUAAUAGUGAUGAUGAAAAAUAUGAUAUUGAUUUGUAA